UACAAUUAGGAUUUUUAUGUUUACAGAAUCUAAGUAAUUACUGUAUUAAACUUAUAUAGUGCUAAUAACAAUUAAUAAAACACGUUAAGAUAUGGAUAUUAUUGGAUUGAGUUAAUUUCCUUGUUGUUUCCAUAAGACGAGACCAUGUAUUAUGACGUCAACUGACAACACAUUAAGUAAUUGAUGAUUUGUCGUGAAAAGAUUGCACUCUCGUGCGUAAAUUAAGGGUCGUGGGCAUACUCUAAAACGGCGAUUUCUUAAUCCAUAAAUGCAUUUUUGUCAACAAAAUACAGGAUCCAGAUGACUAUUUAUAAUCUUUAUAUAUUUGAUAAAAAUGGUAUGUGCAUUUUUUAUCGCGAAUGGAAUAGAAAAAGGCAGUUUGGUAUGGCAAGAGAUGAAGAAUUCAAAUUGAUGUAUGGUAUGAUCUUUUCUAUCAAGUCUUUUGUUGCUAAAAUAUCACCAAAUGAUUGUAAAGAUGGUUUCUUGAAUUUUCGUACAAGCAAGUAUAAAUUAAACUUUUAUGAAACACCUUCCGGAUUGAAAUUUGUAUUGAACACCGACGUUGCCGCGGGAAAUGUUCGAGAAUUACUGCACGAGUUAUAUCGUCAGAUUUAUGUUGAAUAUGUAAUAAAAAAUCCAGAAUCGCAGUUUGGUCAACCCAUUACAAGUGAAUUAUUCUGCGAACGUUUAGAUGACUUCAUAAAAAAUUCUCCUAUGUUUAGUACAAGGGUAAUGUAAUGAUAUGUAAUCUUAUAACAUUUGUAUAUACAUAAAUACAAUUUUUGUAAUUCCAAAUUCAUUCCAUUCAUAAUACUUACAAAGAUAGCAAUUGUAAAUACUGUAAAAAAAAAUUUUUUUUUGCCAAUUG